AUGAAACAAUUUUCUAUUAUCUUGUUAUUAUUAGCAAUUAUUUUUGCUGUAUCAAAUGCUCAAUGGGGAUACGGAUUUUAUGGUGGUUAUCGUCCUUGGGGUAUGUACCGUCCUUGGGGUAUGUAUCGUCCUUGGGGUAUGUAUCGUCCUUGGGGAUAUGGAAUACCAUUUGGUGGUUUUGGAAUGGGUCCAUAUGGUGGUUAUCCAAUGGGAGGUUAUGGUGGCUAUGGAUUUAAUAGUUACAAUCCAUUUACAAUUAAUGGUAAAGAAGAAUUUUACUAUUUAAAAAGUUCUACUAAAGAUGUCAUUGAUAAUGAAAAUAUUUUGAAAUGUAAUAAUGGAAACAUUUGUUAUUAUAAUAAAUCAAAAGAUAACUUUUUUAUUAAUAAUAUUUUUGAAAAAAAAAUUAUAAAACGUAAUUCAAAUUCAAAAGAAAAAAGAAAUAAAUUAAAAAUUGUUCCAAGUACUUUAAAAUUUACCCCUGAAAAGUGUAAUAAUCUUGAACUUCAAUCUAUAAUGAUAGAUAAUAUUGUUUCAGAUGAACCAAAUGAAUCAAAAAAACGUAUUCAUAAAGUAACUAAUGAAAUUUUGUCAACAAAAGAUAAUUUAGAUUCACAUUAUGAUGUUAUUUGUAGUUCAACACCUUUUAGUUUUCGAAUUGCAACUCAAGUUUUUUGUGAAAUUACUAUUAAAAAGGUUACAUGUUUUGUCUAUCAACAACUUAGUUCUCGAAAAGCAAGAAUAUAA